UGUUUUUUAUAACAAAAAUAGUAAUUCUUUUCCAAAGGUUUGACUAUCUUCUAGAUCUGCUAAGACCUGCGUUGUUGAGAGUUGAUACAAACUGUAGAGAAGCUAUAACACCAUGUGAACGGCUACUUAUAACACUGAGAUAUCUUGCAACUGGAAAUACCUACUCCUCACUGCAAUACGAAUUUUGCCUAGGGAUUUCAACCAUAAGUAAGAUUGUGCAGGAAACAUGUGAUGCAAUCUGGAAUCUGAGAAGAUCUUUUAUGCCUACUCCAAAUAAGGAAAAAUGGGAAGAUGUUGCCAAGGCUUUUUGGAACAAGACAAACUUUCCGAACUGUUUAGGGGCUAUUGAUGGAAAACAUAUUAGACUAAUAAAACCAUGUCAUAGCGGUAGCCAGUAUUAUAAUUAUAACAAGUAUUUUUCAGUUGUUUUAAUGGCUGUGGUCGAUGCAGAUUAUAAAUUCAUUUUUGUUGAUAUAGGAUCAUUUGGGAGCAAUGCAGACUCUGCUGUCUUUCAACGUAGUACAUUUGGGAAAAGGCUUGCUUCUAAUGAGUUGGAUUUACCUGAUAAUCGACCUCUGCCAGGUACAGAGGGACCUGAAAUGCCCUAUGUAUUUGUAGCAGACGAUGCUUUUGCUAUUCAUGAACAUCUCAUGAAACCAUUUUCACAGAGAAAUUUAGAUAAUCGAAAGAGGAUCUUCAACUAUAGACUGUGUAGAGCACGAAGACUUGUAGAAUGUGCUUUUGGUAUACUGGCCAACAAGUGGCAAAUCUUUCUAAAACCAAUUAACCUUAAAAUAGAAAACGCAUGUAAGGUAAUCAAGGCUGCUUGUAUUUUACAUAAUUUGGUAAGAGAGGGAUGGAGUAAAUUUUGAGGAUACACUGUCACAUAAUAUUGAACCGGCUGAGUUUCUGCAUGUACGUGGACCUAUGGUGGGAUUCACUAUUAGAGACGCUUUUGCAGACUACUUCAUGAGUUCAGCUGGUGCACUCAGUUGGCAAGAAAACAUGAUCCAACUUCCAUAAUAUUAUACUGUACUGUUCUGGAAAAUAUCUUCAUACUUUGAAAUGACAGGAAGCAAUAUGCAUAAAUAAAAUAAUUGUUGAAACAUUA